UCGGGGGGCGGCGGAGGCGGCGAUGGCGGCUCGUGCGGUGCUGGCGCUGCUGCUGUUGGCCGGGGCCGCUCGAACCGGCCGCUCUUGUCCCGACCCGAUUCGGUCCGAUCCGCUCCCGGUCGGUCCCGGUUCCGUCGCCCCGUCGGGUCCGUCCGCUCUGAGCGCGUUGCUUCGCUCUAUGGGGCGACCCCACAGCGCGGCCACGGAGCUGCAGCCGCAGAGGUUCCCCCGUGGGCCGGGUUCCCCAUCGUGGCUCAGUCCCCGCAGUUGGGAUCCCCCAUCUGCCCCAUUUUGGACCAUGGCCACCCCACAGCGCUUCGGCCGCCGCCGCUGAGCUCCUAUAGAUCCUAUAGCUCCUAUAGAUCCUAUAUGGCCCCAUCCAUCCCUGGAGCCACCCGUGCCUCCAUCCCCUGCAUCUCUAUGGCUCCAUCCACCUCCACGGCUCCGUGUGAGCCCACCAAUAAAGUGGCACCACCAACCCCUGAA